ACAACCUAACAGUGCAGUGCAUUUGGAUAUGCAGACAUUCAAGAAAAUCUGCCUCCUGCAUCCUGCCCUUCUAGUUCUCCAUUUCUGGUUAACAACUUCAACAAUCAUUUGUGACAAACUCAACACUCAAACACCUUUUUCGAAACCAAAUUCAACUGCCUUUUCUCCGCUAAACCGCAUUUUUGUAUGCAAAUCUCAAAAACUAUACCAUAGUGAUAGAACCUCUAUUAACCUGUUCCCAAUUUCCUACACUAACUACAGAUGUAAAAGUCUGAUCAUCUCCAACCCUUCUUGUUCAUCUCCACUACAAUAUGCCCAUCCUAAACUUCGAUCCCCAAGUUUUCGUUCUCCCAGACAGUCCAACUCACUUUUACUCUACAACUGCUCAAACAAAAACCUUGCUCCAUCAGCACAUUUUCAAAAUGUCACCCGCCUGCAUGCAUGUGGAGCUUCUUCAAAGAUUCAAGAACCCAAACUUGAUGGGCUUACCUUGUCCUCUUGCUUACUAGUUCAUGAUCUCACAAAGCUAGACAUGGGUUUUCAUCCAAGAGAUCUGAAUUGCUCAUGUUACAGCAGUGUGUAUGAAACACCUUCACAUGGAAACAAUGAAGGAUAUGGGUUGAAGACAAGGAUGUCUUUCGACAUCCCUGACCACGUUCCUAAUAUCUGCGACGAGUGUCAAAAGCCUAAUGGAAAUUGUGGUGCUGGGUUGAGGUGCAUAUGCCACCCAAAAGAGUGCAAAAACAAAGUGAUUUCAAAGGGUGGAUCCAUCACCAGUUCUGGUAAUAUCCUCUUCUCUUUGCUUACUCUAGUAGUAGUGAUGGUUUUGGAUCACUGAAGCAAGAAAGUUGAGUCCCUAUGUAUUGGUCUUUUUUUUUUUCCUUUACUUUGUAUCCGUAAAAAAGAAAUCAAAAGCAAAUUUUGGUUGUUGUUCCCAUUUCUCUUCAUCCGUCUGUCCCGUAAAGAUUCGAAGGCUCCAUUUGGAUGGAACAAUUUGAAUGAAAGGAUUUGGAUGUGAAAAGUUUGCCACA